GUAACAAUGUCAUCAUAAUUAACACCAACAACCGAUGAAUUAUAUGAUUCAUUGAAACUAACAGACAUCGCUAAGUCCAACUAAUCAAAAGAACCCUCGCCCAGAAAAUAUGUUAAAGUAAUUUCAUGAUUAAACAAACAUCAGAUUGAAGAUUAUGGGAAUACCCCUUUAGAUAGUGAAGAUUCAUUUACUGUAAAUUAAAAUAUCCUUCCUAUCCCCUUGAAAUAACCUGUAUAACCUAUGGCAGUUUCAACUCAAGGCCAAAGAAUUCUUAUAAAUCCAAAACUGAUUAUUGUAAUCAAAUUAUUUCAUUUUUAUUUAGAAAAUGCUGAAUCUUUACAUCUCACAAGCUAUUAUUCAAGAGGAGGACAAUAUUUUUAAUUGUACUCAAUUACAGAAAUGA